AUGCUAUUUGACAAAAUUCCCGAGGUUGAGGUUGUGCGUACUCAAAAUGGAGCACUUCGAAGCUUAGACCAUGCGCAGCAACCAUGGCCUCCUACCUCUAGAGACCAGAUUGUUGAGGGACCCUCUAACCCGCGGAGUGCGGCCGAGCAGUAUCUCCAACAGGUGGCUGGAAACUAUAAAGUAACCCCUGGCCUGAACAGCCUGACGGACUCUGGCUUCGAUCUUCAGUUCGAGCAAGAAAAGACCCGCUUCAAGAGCACGGCAGUAAUCUAUCGGAAAACCUUCAACCAAUGGCCGCUGUGGGAUGCUCAGCUUAGCGUCACUGUGCGUGAAGGAGACAACCGGGUGACCAACUCAAGCAGUACCCUUCAUACCGAUGCCUCUGGGCCAGAGUUGCCUGGGGAUGAUGCCAAGUUCCUGAACCGGGCUGUGAAAGAGGAGGAUAUUUCUCUAUCACUGGGUGUACCUGUAUGUAAGGAUUGCAUAGGCUUCACAGAGGAACAUGAGAAAAAUGAACAGCGCAUUCUUGUUUAUCGCUAUAGCGCAAAGGGUAGGCAAGAGCAGGCUGGUGAUUCUCCACCAAUCCUAGCCUUUCCCGAAGUGCCUAAAAAGAUCCAGGACGGCCACUACUAUGUGGUCAGGGAAGCCCUAUUCUCGUUUCCUAUCUCUGGAUAUGGGAGUCUCAACUGGAGGGCAUUUUUCGAAGUGGAGACGGGCUCCAUGAUCUACCUGCAAGCGCUCACAGCCGGACUAACAGGCUGGGUGUUUUCCAGGGACCCCGUUACGAAGCUUGGCCACAGAGCUCCCAUGCCAGCUGGUAGUGUUGCCGACUUGAACAUGCUACGCGACAGAGUGUUGCUUCCCGAGACUGUGACGUCGUCUCCUCAAGUUCUGAAAGGUCGUUUCGCAGUGGUCAAAGAUACCAGCUUGUCCAUCAGACUUCCACCAACCACAACCACCGGGGAUUUCAAUGGCAGUGUUGACAGCGACAUCUUUGCCGCUGCCAAUGCAUACUAUCAUAUCACCAAGCUUUUUCGGCUCCUAGGAGAGCUGGGCUUCUCAGUGAAAGACUUUUUCAACGAAACCCAGUUCCCCGUGCCGGUCGAUCACCGUGGCUUUGACGAUCAAGUCAAUGCGCAGGCCCCAAGAAACGCAACUGGCACCGGUUCAGGAGGGUUCAUCUUUGGCCGAGCCGAUUCCAAUUCACAAGUUGGCAUGGCUGCAGACUUCCGCAUUGCGGGUCACGAAUUUGGCCAUGGACUUCUCUGGGAUGCGAUCCAUUGGCCGGGCUUUGGUUUCGCCCACAGUCCGGGCGACUCGCUGGCUGCCAUAUACUCGGACCCUGGAAGUGAUGCACAGGAUCGCUUCGACACAUUCCCAUGGAACACGCUCGUUCGUCGCCGGCAUGACCGCAGGGUCACUGAUGGGUGGGCAUGGGAUGGACCCCAGUAUAGACAAGACAACCUGGCAUACUAUCGACGCGAGCAGGUCUUGUCAACGGCUCUCUUCCGGAUUUACCGAGCCAUCGGGGGUGACGCAAUCGGUGAUAUUCACCGACAGAACUGGGCGUCAAGGUACACUUUGUAUCUCAUUCUAGGUGGCAUCGCAACCAUCACGACCCGGAUGCCCAUGCCCUACCAGUAUGUCUCAGCCAUGAUAGCUGCAGAUGAUGGGGUUGGCUUGUAUCAUCCUCCGAACAUCCCCGACCCGGGCGUCAUGACAGAAGGGCCUCCGCCAGCAGUAGACGUGUACAUUGAUGACGGCAGGGACGGGGAGUAUGACUAUACUCUACUGUCCGACAAUACUCCUGGCAUCUGGAAUUGGCAGAGGGCUGACAAUGGAUUGGUCAACCAGAUCUCUAUCCCGGGGGCGACGAAUUACUGUUAUGUCGCAGUGAGGAAUCACGGAACCAGACCUGCACACAACGUUAAAGUAACCCUGUAUCAAUCGAACAGACCCGCGCCAACCCUUUGGAAAGCUCACUUUGACGAGCUGAGCACCGCGCAACUCGACAAUCCUCUCACUGGGAACAAGCAACAACAACACAUCUUCGGGCCUUUCCCCUGGGUCCCCACCAAGAAUCCAUUCUUCGACAGACAUUAUAUAUUGGCCGCUGUCCGUGCCGAUGGUGAUCUUCCAAACACAGACCCAAACACUGGGUUGGACUGCGCGACUGGACCUACCGAGAUUGAUAACCUCGUUCCAUUUGAUAACAAUUGGCAAUUCGUUACUUUGACCACGUUUAAAUAG